UCAUACUAAAAAGUAGGUGAAUAAUUCUAAUAGAUGUAACUGACAUUUGUAUUUGUGUAUUUUGAAAAUGAUAAGGACGGUUAAAUAAAAAUGAAAAGUACAAUGGAUGGCCAAGAGGAACCGACAACGCAAGUUACCGAAGAUGAUACAUCGAAAGUUACCGAAGAUAAUAUUCUACCACAAGUCUACAAAAGGCGUUGGAUUAUACUUUUUUUGUUUUCAUUUGUUUCGUUGACCAACAGCUUCCAAUGGUUACAUCUGAACAUAAUAGGAGAUGUGUUACUCAACUAUUACAAUGCCAGUUUGCCAGAGGACAAAUUUCAACAGGAGACUGCUCUAGAUUGGCUAUCUAUGGUCUACAUGCUAGCGUAUAUACCGCUAAUCUUUCCAUUAACAUGGCUUCUAGACAAAAAAGGACUUAGGGUUGUGAUUAUUUGCGGAAGUUUCCUGAAUGCAGUUGGCGCUUGGAUUAAAGUAGCAUGUGUUAGCCCCGAUCGUUUUGCGUUAUUGAUGUUCGGCCAGUCUGUUUGUUCGGUAGCUCAGGUUUUUAUACUUGGUAUCCCUGCGAGACUUGCAGCAAUAUGGUUUGGUCCAAACCAAGUAUCAACAGCAACAUCUUUAGGUGUAUUUGGCAACCAGAUUGGUGCAGCUGUAGGAUUUUUACUUCCUCCGCUACUGGUGAAAUAUAGUCCCGACAUAGAUCUGGUCAGCAGCCGUUUAUAUACUUUGUUUUAUAUUGGCGCUGGCGUCACAACGCUUCUCUUUUUAUUGGUUUUAGUUAUUUUUAAGAAAGAGCCCCCACAACCACCAAGUAGAGCCCAGUUGUUAGCAGUAAGAAAUGCUGCCAGUCAACACUACGGUAAAUCCCUGCUGAGAUUAUUAAAAAACAGAGGAUUUCUUCUACUGGUAUUAACUUAUGGGAUAAACACAGGAGCAUACUACGCAAUAGCAACAUUAGUGAAUCCCGUCGUUUUGAAUUAUUUCCCGGGUCAUCAAAAAGAAGCUGGAGAAAUAGGAUUGACAGUGGUUAUUGCUGGAAUAGUAGGAGCUAUACUGGCUGGAGUAUGGCUUGAUAAAACUAAAACAUUCAAAUUUUUCAUGACUGGUUACUUGCCUGUAGGGUUUGAAAUUGCUGCAGAAAUUACCUAUCCAGAAUCAGAGGGUACUUCAUCUGGUCUCUUGAACGCAUCAGCACAGCUAUUCGGAAUCAUUUUCACUAUAAGCAUGCGUGCAAUGAUGAAUGAAGUCAGCAUUUUUGGUGCUAAUAUUACACUCAGCUCAUUCCUUCUUCUUGGAACCAUUUUAACGGCGUUAAUAGGUGCUAAUUACAGACGACAGACUGCUGAAAAACAGAGAGUUUCAAAAAUAGACUUUCUAGACAUCAAUAUCAUUUCUACAAAAAAUGAAAAACAAUCUGCACAAAAGGACAAUGAAUGCCAUUAGAUGUGUGCUGUUUGCGAUGCAUGAUGCAUGCAAGAAUGAUUUCGAAACAGUCUUCCAUCAUUGACCGAAGAUGUUACAAAUAUAGAUGAAUACUGAAUGGAACAUCACACUGUUACCCAAUACUAACAGAAUCAACUUUUGUACGCUCAUAUCGGUUCCUAUGUGUCAAUUGUACAUGUUUUAUGCCUAAUUCACACAUUCAUGGAUCACCUCGCCGGUUCCACUACGGAUUGAAUCUCACGGAUGAUCCCGGAAUUGCAGUUUCUGUAGUCUGUUACGGAUCCGAUACGGAUGCACAACGGUAUGACUACGGGCUUUCACGUAUUUACCACGGGUGAAGUAGGAAAGGGGUCAUUUGGCGACAUGACUCAUACGGAUUCGUACGGUACGACACGAUUUAAUACGGAUUCGUACGGUACGACACGAUUUAAUACGGAAAUGACACGGUUUAAUACGUAACGGCACGUGUCGGGGCGUAUGUACUGCGGAUAAACAGCGGUUUGCUACGAUAUAAGUAAUCAUUUCUAUUUUCUUUAUGGCAGUUAAUCGAUGUUUUUGUUUUUUGUUUUGUUUUAUUAAAUCAGUUAUCGCUCUGUCUGUACUAGGUGGUUUUAUUCGUAAUCGUCAGACCAACGGCAUUUAGCAGUUCUUGGAUCAUAUUUGGGUCUAUUCUUUUAAAGUUCUUAAAUGCAGCUGAAUUUUCCGCACACAGUUCAGCCAUGAGGGUCUAAUACUGGCCAUUGAUAAGUCUUCGGAGAAGCCAGUCCCUAGUCCACCAUCUCCUCUGCCGCCGGUCACAUCUACGUCUGUCGUCAAGUAGCUCGACCACUGUCCUUGCAUUUUUUGCCAUAUCAAUAUCUAAUUCCAGUCAAUUAAUUGCAAGCAUCAGUUGUUGAUUGUUCAUGUUUGAUAAUGUUAUGUAUACCUCUACGGCAAGACACGGACUAGGGGCCCUAUAAGUAAGUUAUUUAUACAGAAGCCUGAUGCCAGUUUGUCGUGGGCAGUAAUAUUCCGUAUUUUGUAGAACCCUUGGUGAUCCCUACCUAUCCGUAUUGCAACGUUAUGAAAUCGUGCCUUUCCGUGACAAAUUCGUAUCCGAUCGUAGUGUAUCCUUAACAAAUACGUGGUGCAACCGUACUAGUACGUAGUUCUCAGAAACAGACCGUAGAAAUACUUCGGGCAUACGAAUAAGAACGGAUUAAUACGGUUUUAAUAAGGACUAAAAUGGAUCAGUACGUUCAAAUACGGUUUAGUAAUAUACUACGGUUGUUUGAUCCUUGGUCAAAUUUUGCGCAUGUUCAAAAAUUGUCCCGGAUAUAUAAGUACUACUACGUAUGACUACGGACCAAUACAGAUCUUGCCACGAAUGAUGUCGGAUCGCAUCCGUGGCUAAUCCGGUGUCAAAUCCGUGAAUGUGUGACCUAGUCUUAUGCUACAUGUGUUUUUUUGAUGUUGUUUUUUUUGCUUCGCACCGAUCUGUUGAGUUAAGCCAUUUACCACUGAUUUUCAUAGUUUCUUCUUAUGUUGUGUUGUAACACCACUGUCACAUAGUGGAGGGUUAAGCGCAUACAAACAUGUUUAAUCCCGCCACUAUCUUCAUGUUCUUGUCCCAGGUCAGAAGCCUGUAAUUCAGUGAUUGUCGUUGGUUUAUUUCUGACAUACAUGUAUUUUUUUUUUUUUUUUUUUUUUGUAAAUUGUAUUGUUAUGAACAUGACCAGAUGACGAAUUAAGCCGUUCGUUUUAUUUUUUGUAGUUGUUAAUUUCACAUUUGUCAUGUGUUUGGGUUUUUCUCAUUGUUUAAGUCCGAACGGUGGCAUGAAAUUGCUUAUAUCUUCGUUAUUUGAAAUCUGGUGGAUAGUUGUCUCAUUGACAGUCAUACCACAUCUCCCUAUUUUUAUAUUGAUGCACAUUCAGUUCAAUAAAUUAUCCCGUUUAUACUGUUUCGUUGCAUGUUGUUUAUAAAAAGGACAUCUGUAGAAGAGGGGCGAAAGAUCCCAGAGGGGCAUUCAAACUCAUAUGUUGCAAAUAAACAGACAACGCCAUGGCUAAAAAAGAAAAAGACCAAUAGACAAACAACAGUACACAAAACACAACAUAGAAAACUAAAGACUGAGCAACACGAACCCCACCU